ACGAUGAUACUUCCUGAUACACCUGGUCAGGUUAACAGCAGCAGUGCGCAGUGGAUGAUUGUGUCGGACUUGAGAAGCUGAAGAGAAGAGAACAGCUGAGAUGGGUGAUGGUAUGAAGACUCAGCUGGUGAGCGCCAUCCAUCUGCAGGAGGUGGAACUGCAGGAGAAAUCUGAAGACAACCAGCAGGACACGAAGAACAACAACAAUGCGGCAGAUCAGACGUUCACGGUGGAAGACGCCGUGGAAACGAUCGGCUUCGGACGGUUUCACGUCCUGCUCUUCGUCAUCAUGGGGAGCUCAAACAUAGUGGAGGCCAUGGAGAUCAUGCUGUUGGCUGUCGUUUCUCCUGAGAUUCGAUGUGAGUGGCGUCUUCAGGACUGGCAGGUCGCUCUCGUCUCCACUAUGGUGUUUUUUGGCUUCAUGGUGUGUGGAGUUCUGGGCGGAUACAUCGCUGACAGAUACGGACGCUGGAAGGUGGUGUUCGGAGGUUUUGUGUGGAGCGCCUACUUCUCCCUCCUCACCUCGUUCGCUCCGUCCUAUGGUUGGUUCAUCUUCCUGCGCAGCAUGGUGGGCUGCGGGGUCGCGGGAGUGUCACAGGGGUUUGUGUUGAAGACUGAGUUCAUUCCAGCCAAGUAUCGAGCGUACCUGCUGCCUCUGGCUACGAUCUUCUGGAUGACGGGCUCCAUGCUGAUCAUCAUCCUGGGGAUGGUCGUGGUUCCAUCUCUGGGCUGGCGGUGGAUGAUCCGGCUCUCUGUCACCCCCAGUGUUGUCCUCAUCUUCCUCUUCAAGUUCAUUCCAGAGUCGGCUCGGUACAACGUGUCGGCGGGAAACGUUCAGGCUGCGGUUCAGACUCUGCAGUGGAUCGCUAAGAUGAACAGAGCCGAGCUUCCUCCAGGACGACUGGAGGAGGCCUGUGAGAAAGAAAGAGGCAGCUGGAGGAUUCUGAUCAGUUCAUCCUUCAGGAGAACGUCUGUGCUCCUCUGGUACUCAUGGUUUGUGGCGUCCUUCGCGUAUUACGGUUCGGUGUUGAGCAGUUCGGAGCUGUUGGAGAAAAAUUUGUUGUGUGUGAUCGACGCUGACCCAGAGCAUCAUGUCAAACACCGCCACGCGGACGGACUGUGUUACUGCAUCCCCUUCGGACCGAGUGACUACCAGACGCUGCUCAUCAGCUGCCUGGGGGAGGUUGCACUGAUCCCUGCAAACAUCUGCCUGCUCAAUGUGUUUGGACGGAAGAUGAGUCUGACGGUGCUGCAGCUGCUGGCGGCCAUUUUAUUCAUGAUGGUCAACAUCUGCACCACCAUGUUUGGCUUCACGGUGCUGUUGUUCCUGCUCCGCUCUCUGGUCUCCAUGAACUUUAAUGUGGUUUAUAUUUACACUGCUGAGGUGUAUCCCACUGUGGCUCGGUCUCUGGGGAUGGGUUUCUGUACGUCGUUCAGUCGGAUCGGAGGAAUAAUCGCUCCGUUCAUCGCUCAGGUGCUGAUGUCUCAGUCAGUGAUUCUGGCUCUCAGUCCUUUCGCUGUGGCCUGUGUGGUCUGUGCUCUGGGAAACUUUCUGCUGCCGAUAGAAACUAAAGGACGAGCUCUGCUGCAAAACUCUCGAUGACGUCUCCAAACUAAAGGAAGUGUAAAGUUGUUAAACGUGUUGCUGAGGUCUCACUCUGUCUUUUAUCAUCGCUCUGAAUUAAUUGAUUAUUUUAGGAGUGAAAGCUGGAGAACCAGAGGACGCUGCUGUCUCUGUCUCGGCUCAUUUUCUACCAUUCAAAACCAAAAAGGCGUCAGACGAGAUCCAGCAGCAUGUUUAGUUCAGGGUUAGUUUCAGUUCAGGGGGGAGCUGCUGCUUAUAGAACUUUAUGUAAAGUUUUUAUUUUGAUGUUUCAGUUCUUUGUAAGUUGGACAUUUAUUGUUCUGCAGAAAAUGUACAUGUUUAUGUUUUAAUGAAAAGUGUAUUUAAAGAGAAAAGGAUUGAAUUUAGUCAUUAAAGUAUAAAU